UUUGUGAAAAAUAAGCAUGGUUUCCUUUAAAUAUUGUGCAGUUGUAGCCAUCGUUUGGAUAGCAACUAAUAUUAUCUUAAAUGUAGCACCUAUUUUAUCAAAAUCUUCAUCAUCAACAGAGGAGGUAGAGGCUCUUCUCCGCACUGGUUGGUGGGGGACCACUAGUAUUCCAGUUUACAAUUCCACAAGUCACUGUGAGUGGGAUGGAAUAUCUUGCAAUAAGUUUGGAAAUGUCAUUGGGAUAGACCUUUCUCCGUAUUACCUGGUGGGAGAGCUGGAGAAAUUGAACAUGUCUUCCUUUCCAAACUUACUAAGUCUCGAUCUCAGCUACUGUGGCCUCAAUGGAAACAUCCCGCAUGAAAUCGGAAGGUUGUCGAAACUCAAUUACCUUCGACUUUCUUACAAUGAGCUUACAGGUAUGCUGCCUCUUUCCAUGACUAAUCUCACCCAACUACUUGUGCUUGACAUUUCUCACAAUUCUAUCAGCGGCUCUAUCCCCACAGAAAUUGGAAACAGGAUGUGGAAGCUUACCUCUCUUCGACUUUCUGAGAAUAAUCUUACAGGUAGACUGCCUCCUUCCAUUGGUAAGAUCACCCAGCUAUCCAUCCUUAACAUUUCUUCCAAUCAUAUCACCGGUGAGAUCCCUACAUCUCUUGGUCUUUUGGCCAACUUGACUCUUCUUGACAUUUCUCACAAUUAUAUCAGCGGAUCCAUCCCUUCAUCUCUUGGUCUUUUGGCCAACUUGAUUUUUCUCGACAUUUCUCACAAUUCUAUCAACGGCUCUAUCCCCACAGAAAUUGGAAGGAUGUGGAAGCUUACCUCUCUCCGACUUUCUUACAAUUAUCUUACAGGUAGGCUGCCUCCUUGCAUUUGUAAGAUCACCCAGCUAUUCCACCUUGACAUUUCUUCCAAUCAUAUCAACGGCUCCAUCCCCUCAGAAAUUGGAAGUUUGUUAGAACUAAAUUACCUUGACAUUUCUUCCAAUCAUAUCAACGGUUCCUUUCCCUCGGAAAUUGGAAGUUUGUUAGAACUCAAUCACCUUGACAUUUCUUCCAAUCAUAUCAACGGCUCCAUCCCCUUGGAAAUUGGAAGUUUGUUAAAACUCAAUCACCUUGACAUUUCUUCCAAUCAUAUCAGCGGCUCCAUCCCCUCGGAAAUUGGAAGUUUGUUAAAACUCAAUCACCUUGACAUUUCUUCCAAUCAUAUCAGCCGAUCCAUUCCCUCAGAAAUUGGAAGGUUGUUAAAACUCAUAUAUCUGAACCUUAGUCAUAACUUCAUCAGCGGCCCAGUGAUAACAAUUCCACUAGAUUAUUUUGAAUACUUGGAUGUCUCUCACAAUCAUCUCUCCGGCACUAUUCCCAUUUCGUUUAACUCUACCUAUAAUUGGCAGUCCAUUGAUUUGUCAUACAAUGAUUUGGAGGGAGAAAUCCCACAAGGUUUCCAAGUUCGAAGCAACUCAUUCCAGGAAUUAAGGGGAAAUAAAGGUUUAUGUGGUUCAGUUAAAGGUUUCCCUCCUUGUAGAAAGAGAGACAGAUUCGUGCACUUGGGCACCAUUUUGCUUGUCAUCAUCAUCAUUUCCCUUGCCUUCUUUAUCCUUGGACCUGUUUUCUUCUACUGUAAAAAGGUUGGAAAAAAUACGAAAUUUGAAGAAAGAGCAAUCAAGAAGGGAAAUCUGUUCUCAGUGUGGAAUUAUGAUGGACGCAUUGUCUAUGAAGAUAUAAUUAAAGCAACUGACAACUUCGACAUCAGACACUGCAUAGGAACCGGUGGUUAUGGCAGUGUUUACAAGGCACAAUUGCCGAGUGGUGAAGUUGUUGCAUUGAAGAAACUUCAUAGGCUGGAAGCCGAGGAACCAGCUUUUGAUAGGAGUUUUAAGAAUGAGGUACAGAUGUUAACAGAAAUAAGGCAUCGGAACAUAGUCAAGCUUUACGGAUUCUGUUUGCACAACCGUUGCAUGUUCCUAAUUUACGAGUACAUGGAAAGAGGCAGCUUAUUCUGUGCCCUAAGAUAUGAUGAUGAAGCAAUGGAAUUGAAUUGGAUCAGGAGGGUGAACACUAUUAAAGGCAUUGCACAUGCUUUGUCUUAUAUGCAUCAUGAUUGCAAUCCACCAAUUGUUCACCGCGACAUAUCAAGCAGCAACAUCCUGUUGGACUCGGAAUCGGAGGCAUUUGUCUCUGAUUUUGGCACUGCUAGACGGCUAUAUCCCAAUUCAUCAAAUCAAACUGUACUUGCAGGUACUUUUGGAUAUAUCGCCCCAGAACUUGCCUACACCAUGGAAGUGAAUGAAAAGUGCGAUGUUUAUAGCUUUGGGGUUGUGGCACUAGAAACACUCAUGGGAAGGCAUCCGGGAGAACUUCUCCUAUCACUUGCAUCAGCAUCUAUUCAAAAUAUAAUGCUAAAUGAUGUGUUAGAUGCGCGCCUCCCAGCUCCUGAGCGUGGAAUGAUUUCACGGGAUGUUGUUCUAGCUGCUACCUUGACAUUUUCUUGUUUGCAUUCUGAACCGAAGUGUCGUCCAACAAUGCUACGCAUCUCUCAGGAGUUUCUUGCUUGUAAAUAUUCACUCACUAAACCUCUACAGAAAAUUUCAUUGGGGCAGUUGAUGAAUCAAGAUAUAUGUUUGAUCAAAUAAUCAUAUAAUCUUUGUAUUAGAGACUACAAAAUAGAGAAUGAUAGGGUUUGUUUCUUGCUUGCUGGAUUUCGAAUUCUCCGCUAGUUAUUUGACUUCAUGCAUUUCUAUUACAUUGUCUAUUAAAUCAAGAUCUUCAUCUCUUCAAUCGAUCCAUUAAGUUUGAUGCAUCUCAAUAAAAGUACCAAAUGAUACA